AUGGCAUACCAACGCGAGUUCGAGAUGCAAGCCCUCCCGCCAUCACCAAAAUCACGAAGCCCCGAACCAGCAGUAGACGACCCUUCAGCAUGGAGCCGUCUCAUCACGAGCUUCUCCCGCGCCCCAUCGCGACAUGAUAGCCUUAGCAGCUACAACAGCUAUGCCUUCAACGGGCGGCUGUUCAACAUGAGUAAAGCGAACUACAACUCUGCCAACACAGCACUCGCGCGGGAAUUAAAGAAUCGGCACUUACAGAUGAUUGCAUUUGGCGGAUCUAUCGGAACGGGUCUUUUUGUCGCGUCGGGUGUUGCGCUGUAUCGCGGGGGACCUGUCUCGCUGCUGUUGGCGUUUAUCACCAUGGGUGCUAUGCAGUUCUUUACGAUGCAGGCGCUGGGGGAGUUGAGUGUUGCGUUUCCGGUGGGAGGGUCGUUUGCGAAUUAUUCAACGAGGUUUUUGGAUCCGAGUUGGGGAUUUGCCAUGGGUUGGAACUAUACGCUGCAGUAUCUCAUUGUGCUACCACUUGAGAUCAUUGCAGGAGCAUUUACGACGAAUUACUGGAAUCCCAAUGCAAGCAAGAGUAUUUUCAUCGUCCUCUUCUUCAUUCUCAUCCUUGGUAUCAACUUACUCGGGGUGAAAGCCUACGGCGAAGCUGAGUUUAUCUUCUCAGCCGUCAAAGUCACAGCCAUCGUAGGCUUCAUUCUUCUUGGUAUAAUCAUCAACAUCGCAGGGUCUCCAGAAGGAGACUACAUCGGCUUCACAAGGUGGCACAACCCCGGCGCCUUUCACAACGGCUUCAAAGGCUUCGCAAGCGUUUUAGUAACAGCAACUUUCUCCUUCGCUGGCACAGAAAUGGUCGGUCUCGCAGCAGCCGAAACGAGCAAUCCGAAAAAGUCAAUCCCUGCAGCGGUGAAACAAGUCUUCUGGAGGAUUUCUCUGUUCUAUAUUCUCUCGGUUCUACUCAUUGGGUUGCUGGUGCCGUACAAUGAGCCGAGACUGCUGGGGGCCAAGUACGGUUCUGAUGCGGCGGCUAGUCCGUUCGUGAUAGCGAUUGAGAUGAGCGGCUCGGAUGUUCUGCCGGAUAUUAUGAAUGCUGUUAUUCUGAUAUCGCUGAUCAGCGUCGGGAAUACGGCUGUGUAUGCGGCAUCACGGACGUUGGCGGCGUUGGCGGAACAGUCACUUGCGCCGAAGGUAUUUGCGUACAUUGAUCGAACUGGACGACCCCUCGUUGCGAUUAUUUGCUGCGGUUUGCUAGGCUUACUAGCAUUCACCGCGAACUCGAAGAUCCAUAACGAGAUCUUCAACUGGCUGCUUGCAAUCAGUGGGCUAAGUACUCUCUUCACCUGGAGUUCCAUCUGCGUUUGCCAUAUUCGCUUUCGGAGAGCAUGGCACCUAUCAGGAUACAAUGUAUCCCAGCUUGCCUUCCGGUCACAGGUUGGAGUUUGGGGGUCUUGGGUUGCACUCGCAGCUUACGGAACUGUUCUGGUUCUUCAGAUCUGGGUUGCCAUAUCGCCGAUCCAAGCGGAGGGUGAAGACCCCCUCACAACGCCUGAACGGUUCAAGAACUUCUUUCUGCAGAUUUUGACGAUCCCUAUCAUAUUUCUGUUCUACUUUACGCAUAAGACCUGGAUGGGGACAAAGGUGGUGAGGGAUAAGGAUAUCGAUAUUAAUACCGGGAGAAGAUAUCUCCAUGUUUGGAAUGAAGAGGAGGAACAAGCAAGGCGGAAAUGGCCUCUAUGGAAGCGAGUAUAUAACCAUUUGUGUUAA